CCACUUGCCGAUUACAACGCUCAGAAUCAUCAUCUGUCUUUGUUUAAUUUUCGGUGAACAACAAAGAUGAAAUGAUACCGUGAACGUUGCCAAUAUCAAGUGAAAUAUGCCUUUGGCGCCAAACUUCUCUCGAUUUUUCGUUUAUGCAGUUAAAUGAUAAUCGUGUAUUUUUCCAAGGUUUCAGUCUCGAGAGAUACAUCGAUUAAUUUGAAAAAAUGUCGGAUAUACGUAUUUUGGGUAAACGAUUAGCACAACGCGUCGGGCAAGAAGCGAUCGUGCUUGGCAGAAUCACAGGAAAAAGUUCGGAUAGUAAGAGUGCAGAGAUAACAACAACGGAUGAUGCUCGAAUCAAUGUGGCAUUCCCAAAAUCGCUCGACGAAGAUAUCUCGGGUUACGUGGAAGUACGUGGUACUGUGAAGUCAAAGUCUACUAUGUCUUGCAACAACUUUCUAUUGUUUCCUCUAAGCAUGACGAAGGAUUUUGAUGUAAAUGGCUACAAUACCAUGGUGCAUAUGCGCUGCGCAGUGGGUAAUCAAUUAGAGGGAGUGUUUUGUGAAAAUUGAUACAAACAAAUAUAAUAAAAUUGAUAAUAUAUGCAAA